AACGGCGAAUGACCGUCGGACGGUCAUCGUUAACGUUUGGUAUUGCAAUGUGCUGUGUUUUGUGCGUAUCACACCGAUUUUGCUGCGCCCUGCGUUUAAAAUGGGUUGAAUUUGUUAGCGAACGCGGUGCGUGUGUAUUCUGCAAGGAAGUUGAUGAAUAGGAAGCUGUAGAGAGGUUUAAGAGCUCGUUUAGUUAGAGACACGGGUAACGAGUGUACUCGAAGUAUUACCUGUUGUAUGUACUUGAGUUAACCAGUUGGAACUGGUUUGAUUUCAUGCCUUUAUUUACUUUGAGAGUAAAAGCCUUAGCACAAUUAUUUUGGGCUUACAUUACUGAAUCUCAUCACCAUCAUCCCUGGAAAUAGCUCUAUCAUAAAUAAACUUUCAAAUCAUACAAAGUAAUCGUAUCUAUACAACUAUAAUUAAAAUGUGGUACGGUCCGAAUUUGCAAAGGUCUUACAAGUACAUGAUGUUUGCAUCCAAGAUGCCUUCGUUGAGGAUUGACCAGAGCGACCUGAAGUGCAAGAAUGGCUGUGAUUACUAUGGCAACCCGCAGUGGCAGGGCUACUGUUCCAAAUGUCACAGGGAGCAGAUGCAGCGCCAGAGGAAAGCCGCAGCUGGCAAAGCAGUAAAGACAUCUCCUCCACCACCCAAGCCCGAGCAGAAGAAACAAGAGCGAAGUCUGAAGCUGACGUCACACUCAUCCUUCUCUAAGUUCGAGGAGAAACGGCUGCGGCAGAGCGAGACCCUCAAAAAGGCAAACCUUCUUAAGUUCAGCGUGUUCAGGAAAAGCAAUACAGAUGAACAAGACCAUUCGGAGCGCCGACCGCCCGAGUUCAAGAUCCCGGCGAUGGUGAACGAGGGUAUGAAGACAGACUUCCGCGUGCGCUUCCCGCAGCUGACCACGCAGGUGGACCGCGACGCGAGGAUGUUCGUCUACUCCUUCAUCAUGGACGUCAUCAAGUGCGCCAACGUGAUGACCGUCGACGAACUCUCCGAGAGGGUACAGAGGCACUACCAGCGUUUCAUGAAGCACAUGGAGGUGUCGCCGCACUUCGCCCAGGUGGACUCCGACACCAGGGAGCUGCUCAUGGACUUCGUAGAGAAGCACGCCAUGACAUACCUGCACGAGUUGCCAUCAGUGGUGUUCUCGCCGAGCGGGACGGAUGACGAGCGAGCAGACCGCGCCAUGUCGGAGCGCAUCCAGCAGCUGAGCUGGGUCGGCGAGAAGCAUCUCGAGUGCAAGCUGGAUAGGAACAGCGCUACCUGCAGGCAGUUGUUAUACAAAGCUAUUAGCGAGCUGCUGGGCAUGGACAGCGCGUGGUGGGCGGGCGGCAAGCUGGGCCGCGUGCGGCGCUGCUGCCGCCACGUGCUGGCGCUGUGCGCGGCGCCCGGCGCGCCCGCCUCCGCCGACGACCUGCUGCCCGCGCUCAUAUUCACCGUGUUGAAAGCGAACCCGCCGCGGUUGGUCAGCAAUAUAAAUUUCGUGACGCGCUUCUGUAACGCGCAGCGGCUGAUGACCGGCGAGGGCGGGUACUACUUCACGAAUUUGUGUUGUGCGGUGUCGUUCAUCGAGAAUUUGUCAGCCGAGUCCCUGAACAUGGAUAAAAAGGAGUUCGACUGCUACAUGGCGAUGCCCGCGUCCAUCGGAGGCAGUGCUUGGGCGGCCGCUUUGUCCUUAUGUGGUGCGACUCGCGAGGCGGAGGAGCAGCAGGCCAUGGCGGAGAAGAUCCUUGCGCAGACGCAGGACAUAGAGAGCAGGGCGGAGCAGCUCGCAACCAAUGCGGUCACAUUCGAGGAACAGAUCGCUAAAAAGGUCCAAGACGUAUUAGCAAAGACUCCGUUGGAGAUAAAGCCGCGGAGGGAACUCCCGCGCAUCGGCAAGUUCAAGGAGAUCAGCACAGCGCCGCUCAUAGACUUGGAGAAUGGUCAUCAACAGCAGACGUACCAGCCAGCGAGUAUAUCACCGCAGCCCUACCAGCCGGCGAGUAUUCCACAGGAGCCCUACGAGCCAGCGACACAACCCGAGCCCAGAGUGGUAGUCGAAGAAACGACAGAGAAACUCAACAUCCUAGGCUUCGAAGUGAUAGAGAAAGAAUCACCGUCAAAAUCACCACCAAAUCCAGACCAAAAUUGGGAUUUGAAACAGACGAACUCUAUGGAGUUACUCACGCCUUCUCCUUUAGGGUUCACACCGUUCGACUCGAGGUCUAUGGACGAGCUGAUGACGCCAGACGAGUUUGGCAGCGACAACCUCGCACCAGGCCUCAGUAAUAUAAACUACGACAUCGAUCUCUCAGACUUUAGUGGAGAGAACAGCAUCGCAGACGACGCGCCGAAGUCCGAACCCAAAGACCCGUUCAGUCCCGAAGCGCUGAAGAAGGAAUUCGACCCAUUCGCACCCCAAACGUCACGGGAACAGUAUAAAAUGUUGGAGACGUACGACGAAUUUAGUCUCGUAGAUCCGAAGACGCAUGUCCAGUCCGACCCUUUUGAAGUAAUUCACAGGACAGAGGGUAGUCUGAGAAAAGAGAACGCGUCGAUCCUAGACGACAGCCCGACCUCCGUGUGCCUGCCCUCGCCACUACAGCCACAGAGCAGCGGGAAGCCGGCCUAGUUCGGAAUUGUUGAAAUUAUGCCAAAAUUUUGGUUGGUGCUAAGCGGAUAUGUUGAUUUGUUCAAUUGUUAUUUAUUACGGUUAGGUGUUAAGUCACAUUACAUUGAGUGUAAUAGAGAAUUUGACUAA